AUGGGACAAGUCGAAAGCUCGGGUGCACUGGAGCCAGCUGGUUGCAUGAGUGGUCUCGGAUCGGUCUUGCGGCCACCAGCACAGACAUCCACUACGCUGGUCAAAGUGACAGUGCGGCUGCUGGGUGGUGAGAGUCGAACGAUGUUGCUGCCGGACACAUCGACUGGCAGGGAGAUCAAGAUGUCAAUCGAGACCAACUUCGCUGUUCCAGAGAGCGAACAGCGGCUGGCAUGUGGCGGCUCGUUGGUGGGAGACGAAUCCCGACCUCUCCGUGACGAGACCCACAUCUGCUUGGACGUGAUUCGCGUACAUGCACAUGAGCCUCGACGGUACAGAACGCCAAAGCACACCAACGGCCGUGUUGGCAGCCUGCUGUCUACCCGGCUUGUCGGCCAGAAGCUACAGGUCCGACAGCGAUAA